GGCUCGGUCCCAUCGCCCCCAUCGCUCCGCUCGCACCGCUCGUUGCAUAACAGCAGCAGCAGCACAACAAUGCGAAGCGCAAGCUGACUCUGCUCGCGCCGUCUUUCCUUGCGCCCGAUCGGUCGUCAUUAAAUGUGUCAUCCGCGGCAAAACAGCAGAGAUCGUGCACGCCUAAACGCCGCGAGCGAGCAGACAGGAGAACCAGGUCAAGGAUAUUGGGGUUCGGUGGGCGCACGGUGCCUUGUCACUGCUUGUUCCAUCUGCUCUGAUUGACGUAUCGAAGCCCCCAGCCAGGUGAGCAAGCACCAAUUGCUCUUCAAUGCUCGUUCAAAACUCCAACACGGGCCCCCUUUGCGCCUGCGCCGAACCGAUGCCAUUCUGCUGAACGUGCCCGGCUCUUCUUGAUGGCCACCAAUGGGUUGACUAUAUACUCCAGGUUGCCCUCCCUGAGUGGAGUGUGCGGAUCUUGCUAACUUCACCCCGUACUUCCUUGGACGUCACCGCCCGUCAGCGUCGAGCUUCGAAAAGCAAACGUCGCGUGCCGACGUCCCCCCAACUGCGUCCCCCUGAUUGCGCCUGAAUACAUCUCUUCUUCCGCCAUCGUGUCUUGAGCGUCCGCGUCCUCAAGACCUCAGCUGCCUUCGUCGUCGCAAUCCCACUUCCAUGGGCAGCUCUUCGCUGCCGCUCCACCGCCUUCAUCGCUGCUCGCCAUGGCGCCGAGGCCACAUAACGCGCGAAGAGAAUACAACAUCGUUGUGCUCGGGUCCGGUGGCGUGGGCAAAAGCUGUUUGACUGCUCAAUUUGUUCAAAACAUCUGGAUCGAAAGCUAUGACCCGACAAUCGAAGACUCGUAUCGGAAGACGCUCGAUGUCGACGGCCGACAAAUCGUCCUGGAAAUUCUGGACACGGCCGGGACGGAACAGUUUACUGCGAUGAGAGAACUGUACAUGAAGACCGGGCAAGGCUUCCUUCUCGUCUUCAGCAUAACCUCGCUUUCUUCCUUGCAAGAGCUCACCGAACUGCGUGAACAGAUAAUCAGGAUUAAGGACGACCCUAACGUGCCCAUCGUUUUGGUCGGAAACAAGUGCGACCUGGAGGAAGAUCGCGCCGUGUCUCGGGCGCGCGCGUUCGCCGUGUCGCAGUCAUGGGGCAAUGCGCCCUACUACGAAACCAGCGCGAGAAGAAGGGCAAAUGUAGACGAGUGCUUCAGAGACCUAUCAAGGCAAAUCAUACGAAAGGAUCAGGAAGCACAACGACGCCAAGGUUAUUAUUAUGAAGAUGAAGACUACGGAAGAUACAAUAGCGGCAGACAAGGAGAGCCGGGACACCGAAAGAAGAGGAAGAGAAAGCAGAAGCAUCGCGGGCCGAGCAGCUGUACAAUAUUAUGAAAGUGGAAUGGUAUCUUAUGUAUACGAGACGGCAGCGUUUUUUGGAAUGUUGCAGCCAACGCUGUGGUUGGAAAAAGUUACGAUUUGUCACAUGUAGACCAAUAGACGGUUUUCUUCUCCAGCACAUGAAAACGGAUGCUCGAGCGCUGCGGUACACAGGUACAGAGCGCGACUGUUCCUUAAAUGUGGCGUCCUGAUAGAAUGCAUUCUCGUCA